AUGACCUGGACAGGAUACGGCAACCCCCUCCGCCUCGAGCGCAUCAUCAAGACAUACACCCGCUACUACGUCCUAACCCACCAAGCCCACUCAUCACCUUUCACCUCCGCCGCCGCGCACGACCUUGUCGACAAGAUCAGGAUGGGCUACAAAGGGUCGUACUGUGAUCGGGAAGAAAGAGUGGGGCGAUCUUUGAGGAAGGAUAUUGAGGGUGGUUGGGGAGGUAUGAGAGGUUUUUGGGGAUUGGUGCAUUUGGAGUUUGGGAGUAGGAGAGAGUUGGAGAAGGCGAUGAAGGCGGGGGAUAGGCGACAUGAGUAG